AUGUCGCUCAUACAUACUCCGCCACAAAAACCGGCCGACGAUGGCCAAGUGCAGAAAGAAAACGAAGAAGAAAAUGAAGAAGCGAGUGAAGAAGAAAUUGAAGAAGAAGAAGAGGAAGACGAGCUAAGCUUGCUUAUCUACAAGCGUGGGCAAGUGAAAGCGAAAGUGACAAGACUCCGAAGCACCUUGCGAAUGGAACGGCGUAAUAUUAACUUACCAAGGGCGCAAGUAAUGAAGAGCAACCUGGCCAAGCACUACGACGAGUACUUGCUGUACCACAGUCAGGUACUGGACAACGUCAACAAAAAAGAUGCUGUUAAGCUCUAUCACUUGGAAAAGUCCUUGGUAGGAGCUGCAGCUGGGGUUAUCGACAUCAAAACCAUAAACGACAACAACUACCAGCGGGCAUGGAAAAUACUAGAGGAUCGCUUCGAAAACAAGCGCAACAUUAUAGAAACGCACCUCCGAGGAUUGAGCAAGAUGAAAAGGAUGACAAAGGAGUCCUCUACCGAGCUUCGUGAAUUAGUCGAGGAAUGUACACGGCACGUCGACCACCUGGAGUUCAUGGGACAACACUGCGAAGGAGUUUCCCAUUUAAUGGUUAUUCUCCACCUGUCCGAUGCCUUGGAUCCUGAAACAAAGAAGUUAUGGGAAGCUACAUUGGAGUAUGGAGAGCUGCCAACGUACAACGAGACAAUAGAUUUUCUGAGGAAACGUUGUCAAAUUUUGGAACGAUGCGAGGCUCCAGAAUCGUCAGUCAACCCAAAAGCGAAGGUGAACCUAUGCAACAAGGUACAUCAGACGUUCCGUUGUGAAGAGUUCCGUGCGUUGAGUACAAGCGAGCGUAUAGCUAGAGCCAAGAACAUAAGGGUUUGCUUCACCUGCCUUCGUAAAGGCCAUAGGCUGGCAGAGUGUCAAUCAAAGAAGACGUGCAUGGUGUGCAAGUUAAAACACAAUACUCUUCUACACCUGGAAGAUGCACAGAAAGGAUCAAGUAACCGGAACAAGGCGCAGCAAUCGGAGCAGCAAGAAGAUGCGGAAUCAGGAAGCAGCAAGCCACGACGUUUACCAUCAGCAGAGGAAAAGGAUUCCGAUAAGUCUACCAUUUGUUCGUAUAGCAUGCCUCAUUCGCCCAGUCAGGUGCUGCUUAUGACAGCAGUAGUACAUGUGAAGGAUAAAAACCACAAAGUUCAAAAAUGUCGAGCAUUUAUUGAUCCAGGCUCUAUGUCACACAUGUUAUCGACCAGGAUGGCCAAGUUACUUGAUCUGCCAUCAUCACCAACUCACGUAACCGUUACUGGAAUCAAUGGUACCAAGUCUACCGGAAACAAGCGGAUGGCGGUUGAGUUUACGCUUGGUUGGAUCGUAACAGGAGAAAUUAACAGCAACGGAGAAGAAACAGAAACAGUGGUUGUGCAUUCGAAUGCCGCUAUCGUGUCACCGUCGUUGAAGACGUUGAUCCAGAAAUUUUGGGAAAUUGAAGAUGUCUCAGACCGGGAUGAAGCUGCAAGCGAAGACUUUUGUGAACGACAUUUCCAGGAGACCCAUCGUCGUGAUAGGAAUGGCAAGUACAUUGUGUCACUUCCUUUCAAGGAUAAUGUCAACGAACUAGGUGAUUCCAGAGCAAUGGCCGUUAAGCGGUUUAUGAUGUUGGAGAAACGUUUAAGUCGUUGUACGGACCUUCGGCAUCAAUACGAGGCAUUCAUGAAUGAGUACCAAAGCUUGGGACACUUGCAGAGCGACCUCUUCUCCAUCGAUUUGCGGUUCCGGAAGCAUACAGUCGUUUUCAAAGCUGAUGUUACAAAGAUGUACCGGCAAGUCUGGAUGAAUCCUCUAGACACUAGGUAUCUUCGAAUGUUCUGGAGAUCGAAUCCGAGUCAGCAAUUAAAAGUGUUCGAGCUCACAACGGUGACAUACGGAACGGCAUCCGCACCGUUUCAGGCAACAAGAGCGUUGAAGCAGCUUGCAAUGGACGAAAAAGAGCGGUUUCCUAUGGCUGCAGAGAUCGUUGAGAACGAUUUUUAUGUGGACGAUAUUUUGAGUGGUGCAAAUAGCAUUCCGGAAGCAGCAGAUCGAAUAGUACAGUUGAAGCAGCUGUUGGAAUCCGGUGGAUUCCCGAUACACAAGUGGUCAUCAAAUUCUCCAGAGAUCUUGAGGAAUAUUCCUGAGGAAGAGAAGGAAAAACCGUUCGAGUUAGAAAACAUCAGUGGUUGUGAAGUGAUCAAGACAUUGGGUAUACUAUGGGACCCUGUAACGGAUGAGUUCCUGUUUGCAGUUCCAGAAGCAGAAAAGGUAGAAAUGGAGAAGAUCACCAAAAGAUACGUGUUGUCGCAGAUAGCCAGGCUAUACGAUCCACUGGGCCUAGUAUCGCCAAUCGUUGUGCUUGCUAAGCUCAUCAUGCAAGAUCUCUGGGCCAGCGAGCUAGGCUGGGAUGAGCAGUUGAAAGAAGAGCAGUUAAGAGCCUGGCAAAUGUUUGCGUGCUCGUUGCCAGACUUAUCAUCCAUGAGAAUUCCAAGAGGCGUGGUAUCCCAGAAUGCGGAGGUUAUCGAACUUCAUGGUUUUGCAGAUGCUUCAAAGCUUGCUUACGGUGCCUGCUUAUAUGUACGCUGCAUUGACAGUGACCGGGGUGUACUCACUAAGCUUUUGUGCAGCAAAUCUAAGGUGGCACCACUGAAGGAGCUGACUAUCCCUCGGAAGGAGUUGUGCGCUGCGCUGCUCCUGAGUCGUCUUGUGGACAAGGCGGUUCCUGCGUUGCAAAUAGAGUUCCAGAAGAUUUUGUUGUGGAGUGAUAGUCAAAUCGUACUUGCCUGGCUCAAGAAAUCAUCGGCCUCGCUGCAGGUCUUCGUUCGAAACCGAGUGGCUGAAAUCAAUGAAUCGGCGUACAAGUGGAAUGCGAAAUGGGAUUACGUGCAUACUUCAAACAAUCCGGCAGAUGUUGUGUCUCGUGGCCAACUUGCGGAUUCGCUACGAGUAAACAGACUAUGGUGGAGCGGUCCGGUGUUUUUGAAUGAAGCAGAAAUCCAUCCGGACGAAGCAGAUCCGUUUCCCGAAGAUCAGAUUCCGGAACUUCGAAGAGUGACUCAAGGUUCAGCGGCGUUGAUUGAAGUACUCCCAGUCUUCACGAAUUCUAACGAAGAACCGGAAAUUGUUGAGAACCAGGAUGAGAACGCAGAUCUUGUAUGUAUUGGAUACGCAGACCGACAUUCCUACAUAUCCAACCAAUGCGUCAACGGGCCAAGAUGCAACGAAUCCGUUGAACAGAUCGAUGCUUGCAUGCAGCUGCCAUGCUCCCGUGGUGGUGUGCAUGGCAACAUCGAUAUCUCCAUCAACAAUCCAACGAAUCCACUCAAUCCGUUCCCUGCUACGAUCCACUGA